AGGGCCCAUCUUAUUAAACAGACCAGGCCACUCACUGUGGGGUGGACCAAGGACACCCCUGUCCCUGAGCCCAUGGAGCUAAGGUCUGAUGCCAGCCACAAGGAGAAUGUGUCCCCAAAGCCUGCAGUGCUCCUGAAGCCAGAGCAACGAAGAUUCCGGAGGAGCCUGGGCAUCAGCCUGAGCAGUAGACAUGACCAGUGGGUGCCCGGGUGCCAGGUGGAGAGGGGAGGGCGUGCUGCCACACCCUCCCCAGGGGCGGUGCUAGACCAGGAGCCCUGCCGAGUCCAGACCAACCUGGCCAGCCCUGGUCCCCGCCUGGGCCUAGCCCUGAAGGACACAACUGGCCGACUGGUAAAUUCAAGCGUCUGGCAACAGAGCAACCUGCAGCCUCCAGCCCGGAGGUGCCAAGGGAAGGCUCGAGAGUUUGCCAUUCAGCAGAGCAACCUGAGCAGCAGGGAGACCAGCAGCCCCCACCUCUGCCCAGAGCCUGGGGGGAGCUUUGGGCCCCACAAGCUGCCCUGGGGUUGUCUCCUAUCCCAGGAGCCACUGGCUCGCCCAUCUCCCUGUCUGAGGCAGUCCAGGCUGCCGGCCCCAGGCACCCCUAGCGGGGACUUCAGGCCCACUGAAGCCUUUGCCCCUCUUGAUGGGCACACACGGCCAGGCCUCAGAUUCCGGGGUGGCCUGCGGAGCUGGAGGUCCAGGCUGGUGGGGGAGCCUCUCACCCUGGAGGACCUGGCUAUCCCCAGUCAGAACCAGACUCGGGCCCCAUCCCAUGCUGCCAUCCAGCAGCUGCUGGCCUCUGUACGUUGCCUGGCGCAGGAGGCAGCCAGACUCAGGUGCCAGGCACCCCAGGAAUCCCCCCGUGCUGUGCAGCAGGACCUCUGGACCAGCGGUGGUCAGCCACUCUCCGCCCACCACUGGCAGCUGUUGUCCAGAUGUUUUCGAUCCUGGAGGCACUUGAUGAAGAGGCAGUCGGAUCCAGUGGUGGCGGCAGUGGCACUGGGCCGCUGGCAGCUGUUGCGAAAGGGCCUUCAGGCCCUGUGGCUCCGGGAGGCUCAGCUGGAGGCAGCAUGCGGGCGGUACACAAAGAUUCUGCUGGCCUGGAGCUUCCAAGAGUGGAGAAACCUGGCUUUACAGCAGAAACAAGUACAGUCCCACAUGCAGGCUGGGCCAGGGUCCCCGCCCUCCAGGAGAGCCCAGGGCCAAGGCCCCUCCUUGGGAAGAAGCACAGUGGCGGACCUCUCCCAGAGAAGCAGGCUGGAACACAUCAGUCCAGGAAGUCUGAGGGAGGAGGAGAGAGCUCAGCGGCUUCUGUCACAUCCUGGGCAGAGAACAGACAGCAGAGAUGAGAGAGUCCAGAUACUGGAGGCCCUGCAACUGGCGGUCUUCUUCCUGUGGUGCCAACAGAAGGAACGGGCCAGACAGGAGAGGGAGAGUCUGCGGAAGGCCACCAGGGCCACACAGACGACAGGGAGCUUCCCCCAUGCCUGGCACUUUACUGCUGCAGGUGCAGCCUGGGUGGCGCCACUGAGCCCCCAGCACCAGAGAGCUUGGCUGUGCAGGUGCUUUGGGGCCUGGCAGCAGUUGGUGCAAAGAGGGUCCCGGUACCGAGACCACCUGGCUGACCGCCGGACGGGGACCCUGAGGAAAUGCCUGGAACAGUGGGUGCGGAUGAAACAGCUCCGGGACUCAGAUGAGGCAAAGGUGACCCAGCUGUCCCUCUGCCGGCAGAAAGCAGGACGUGAGGCUCUCCACACUGCAGGCCCUGCAGCCUGUGGCCUGGGUACAGUGGGCCAGGCCCAAGGGCUGCAGGAGCAAGGCCGGGGCUCUCUGCAGGAUGCUUGCCGGACACUGGCCCUCUGCCGGGCGCUGCUGCUGUGGAAGACGCGGCUUUUCCAGUGCCAGUGGGCCAACUCCUUCCUCCAGGGCCUGCAGCAGCGGAUGCUGCAGCGCAGCCUGAGAUGGUGGCACGUGAGGGCAUUGGGCCCAGAUGCCACAUCAAGCUGCACCAAGGCCCCCUCGGCUCCGGAGCCAAUGGGCAGCAGCACAUCCCAAGGCUCUCUGGAGAAGGUUCCCAGGGCCCCCGCCCUCCCGGAGACUCUCCAGGGGAGCCUUCUGUGGGCAGCUGGGCAGUGGCAGCAGGGGCAGUGCUUUCGGCUCUGGCGGGCACGGGCCUGGCAGUUCCAGGGCACAGCCAGGUGGUACCAGCAUACCCUCCAGAGGCGCAUCUUCCUCAGCUGGAGCCGCUGGGCAACAGCCCAAGGGGCCUGGAGAGAGCUGGCUUCCCACUGGGCCUGGGAUCGGAGCUGCAGGGCUGUGCUGGGCCUGUGGCGUCGGCGGCUGCUGCAGUUGCGACUGGUGGAGAGGUGGGCCCAGGAGCGGGGCUGGCGACUGGCACGAGAUGCCCUAUGCCACUGGCACUCCUCUUGGCAGGGACAGCAGUUCCUGCAUGAAAAGUGCCAGACGUGGGUGCAGGGCCACCUCCAGGGCCUGCAGAGGGCUGUGUUUCGGAGCUGGCAGCAGGCAGCAGCUCGUCAGAGACGCACAGUGACCCGGCCAGAGCAACUGCUACUGCAGAGCUACUUCCAGGCCUGGUGUGAGGUUGUAAGAGACACAGGGGUGCUCCGGGCCCAGCGUCAAGCCUUUCAGGAUGACCUGAGGAGAAGGGCACUGGGGGCCGUGUUUGCCACAUGGCGGGAAGCCCAGGCAGCUGCAGCCGGGGCACAGGAACAGCGUGUGGCCCAGGCCUCCCUUGCCCACUGGAGAAUCUGCAGGCAGCGAGGCCAGGAAGAUGGGCAGCCGAAGAAGGCCCGGGCCCCGCAGGCCUUCCCAGCAUGGCCAGUGGCCCCGGACGUGCACCGUGAGGCCCAGCAGCAGGAAGGAGAGAGUGCUGGGGCCCAGGCAGCCCGGUGCUGGACUCGGUGCUGGACUCGGUGCUGGGCACUGUGGGCGCCGAGCUGUCGGGGCCAGGUCAGCCAAGCCCAUGCUUGCUGGAAGCUGCGAGCCUGGGUCCUAGAGGCCUCGACGCAGUCGGGGGCUUGCGGCGGUGUCCAACGAGCCAUCGUCACCCAGCUCCGGCAGGCUGGGCUCAGACGCUUCCUGCAGAUGGCGCAGCUCAGGGCGCGGCUUGGACUGCGGGCCAAGGCCCCAGGGGCCGGCAAGACCCGCAGCUGCUGGACACAGGCCACAGGACUGGUGCCGCCCGCGCCAUCACUGCAGUGCAGCCUGGGUGGACAGAGGAAGCCAAGGGGAAUGACCUGGACUCAGAGGUGUGGAGAACAUUCCCUCUGCCCUGCCUUCCAGCUCUGGCCGCAGUGGCCUGGACAGAGUAGCUGGGUCCCAGGCCUGCCCCUGUGGAUGAGGGACCAGGGACCAAGAGGACACUCCAGCCCUGAGCCCAGGGCCCUCAAAGCCCAAAGCGAGGCCCAUAAAAGGAGGCUGGGUGCUCUUUCUUGUAGGAUCCUGGAAAAGCAGGCCCAGGCCCAUGGCUCUGCCCUCCUUCCGGCCCUGAAGGGUCACAAUGCUCUUGGCCAUCAGGAGGAAGUACCAGCAGCGCCGGUGCCUUAAGGCACUGCUUCAUGGGCUGCGGGGUUCCCAGCAGGCCAGGUGCCUGGCAGCAGCAUGGCAGCACUGGGUGGAUGCCCAAGGGGCAGAACAGCUGGCACGGACCCUGCUCAGAGAGUGGCACCUGAGAUCGGCCUGGCGGACAUGGUGGCAGCGGAUCCUGCGACUGCGAGUGGCUCAGCAGUUAAAGCAGCAGGAAGAUGGGCCUUUAAGAAGUGGCACCAACACCUGGCAGCCAGGAGCCCAAGGAGAGGAGCUGCCAGUAGCCCAAGAUCCUGGAGCAAGCCAGGCCCUAAGGGCCCUGAGAGUGCAGAAGCUGCCGGAGCCCCGCGGGGUUGGGGGCUUGGGGCAGAGCAUGGGGCCCAGCUGCAGCUGUGACGUGUUCCCAGAGAAUAAAAAACAGAACUGAACUCGGCUUUCCCAGGCAAGGAACCAUGCCCCACACAUCUGGGGAGUGAUGACAGAGGGGACAGCUUGAAGAGCUCUGAAGGACAAUAAAACCCACUCCUCAGUCCUA